AGCAUGUCCAGACCUCAAACUAGCCUCCUGUACUCCCUGUUCCUCUUCCUUUUCCUGAAUAUCGCACGGGCGCAGAACUUCCUUCCAACAACAUCUUCGGCCGACUAUCCCGGUUGCGCCGUCGGCUGUAGCACUUUAUUGCAAGCCCAGAGCCUCUGUGUACCACCCGCAGUCGCUGUCACCUCUCAAUUUACAUACGAGAAUUGUUUCUGUCAGAGCAGCUUUCUACAAGGUCUCUACUCUAGCCCUGAUGCGGUUUGCGCGGCAGAAUGCACAAUAGAGACCGACAGAGUCUUGUUGCAGACAUGGUUCAGAACUUUUUGCAACGCAGUGGGUCAAGGCGUCGACCCAUUAGCCUCCACCACUCUGGCACCAACUGCAACACAAAGUGUGGUAGUUAUUACCAUCACUAGUACAUCUACUCCGCCCGGCUCUACCAGCACUGGCACGGGGAGCGCGAAUAGAGGUGGCGAACCGAGCCAAUCCUGGAUCGAGGGGCAUUGGCGUUGGAUACUGAUGGUUGGCUUACUACUCAUCGGGUUGGGCUUGUUUGCAUGGCUCCUCGUCUGGCUUAAGCGACGCCAUCGUAGGAAGCUUGAUGAACGUCGAGCCACGAUGUCUGGUUUCCCGACCGAAAGUGAAAAGCGAGCUGGAGCUCGCUCGGCGACUCCCGACUUAUGGGGGCCACACCAGCAUAUGAAUCAUACCCAUGGCUACGAAUACCAGGAUGGGCAGCCAGUGCUAGGAAGCGGUGCCCUUAGUGCACCAAACGCGAACCGAGAGAGGAGAAAAUCGAGGCGGCAGAAGUCGCGCGACCAAAAUGAGAUGGCUCAGAUGAACGAUACACCAGCAAACUCGACAAGGCAUUCCUCCAAAGGCAAAUCCAGACCUCUAGAGCGGAUUCUCUCCAACGAACCCGAAGUUGGACCGGUGGAAAGGGACCGAAGCCGAAGUAAGAGACGAAGGGAUCCUGGUAGUGAUAUUGAAACACGCUCGAAUCCGGAACACGACCGGCGCUUACGAGAAGUCCGCGGCAGCCGACGAAAAAGGCCGAUU